CUUUAGUUGAUCGUUUGAACCGUGUGACAUCAAUGUUAGAGGGCUCUGCCUUGGCUUGGUUUAAUUGGCGUAUGUGUGGCGGCUUAAUUGAUGGUUGGGAGGAUUUUGUUGAAAAGUUCAAGAUUCGAUUCGCUCCGUUACAUGCUUUGGAUCAUAUUUCUUUUGAGAAGACAUCAGAAAAGGCUAGAGACACAUUUGUCCACAUGAUGGAAGAUGUCACCACACUCCCCACCGCGACUAAGGAGGACAUAGACGAGUCAAAAGAAUCGAGUGCCAGGUCUCAUAUCAAAGAGGAUGAAUAUAGCGGGUCUGAAGUCGUUGGCAAUGAUGGUGGUGUCAUUAAUGAAGAUGGUGGUGCUAAUAUUAAUAGUGAUACGCCAUCCCACGAGUCAAAUUCUACACCUCGUAAAUUACAUGUGCCACUAAAUGCCCUAAUCGAGGUAGAAAUGACAACGUAUGACGUUCUAGAAAGUGUCAACAAGGUGGACGGUGAAAAUUGUAACCAAGCGGCCCACUUCAUUUCUUUGGAUACCAUUAAGUUGUUUGAUCUUGUCAAGUCCGAGCACCAGGAAGAAGAAGAAUUUUGUCAAAAACUCGAGAAAGAGUUGGUGAUAAACCAUGGAGUUGACACUAAUAUUCUUGGAUUAUGAUUACCCCUUGGAUUGGAGUCUAGUAUUUGGAUUGUUAGAAGCAUUGGAAAUCUGAAGUUGUUGGAGAAUGGAUAACAUGAAAUAAUAAAUGUUUUUUGGAAUG